AUGUCAGUCUUGUUCGUACUCAUCUAUGUACUAAAAGGGAACGUCCUCCGCCGGUGCUUGUCAAAAAGGCUCAAGGCAGAUGACGUCGCGUUCCUCGAGCUAUUUUCGCGCAUUCUCAUUGGCCGCGACAAUUGCCCAGAUGAAAUCUCAAGAGCCCUAGAAAAAGGAAUUGAACUCGAGUGGGAGGACGCCUACGAUUUUGUAAAUCCGUUCGGUGACAUAAGAGGCCCGGCUUUCAAUAGUGUUUGGACAUUCGACCUCGACAAAGAUGUUCUUAUUCUCACCAAGCAUGAUCGGCUCUGCCCUGCACCUCUCAGCCUGGCAAGAGAUCGGCUACUUACUUUGGACGACUUUGAAAUGCUGAAAUUGCCGAAAGAAACAACCGCAGAGGAGGGGAUUACGCCAGGACCGUACUGGGAUCUUCAACCUAAAGUUGACCAUCGACGGAAGGCAUUCCUUGGUCGCAUCCUCCGCGACUUUGGUCAUACAUGGCGCCAUUUGCUGCGGAGAGAAAUGAACCAUGUCACAUUCAUGAAGCUGGCAUACGCUAUUAUCUGGAUUCUCAAUCUAGAGUUCACUAUAGUGGAAAGGCUGGGAUUCGAGCAUGUUGGUGGCCGCGGCGGGCCAUAUGUUGGAGUAGCAGACUUGCCACGAUGGGAUGUCCCUGAUGAAACGAUCGUGCGAUUUGGUACAUGCUGGAUUGUGUUGGCACAGAACAUUCCAAGGGGCCUUGAGAUGGUACGAGAACAUAUGAAAGCCUACGCAACGAUCGGCGAUACAACUGGUACUGCAACAUACGCAAUACUGACCCUCAAACAAAUCGUGUGCUGCAAGUUCCAAGACGACGAACUAGUGUACACACUACCCGGGACACUCUUUGGCGACACCGAUCCCUCUGGUUCCGCUAUCGAACUGCUUCUCUGGACCUCAGAACUUCUUCCAGGACCACCCCAGCCUUGCCGACUCAACCAUCUUCCCAUCGAGAUCCAAGACAGGGUCCUUUGUCAAGCAGCGACAAGCAGCGACAAGCAGCGACAAGCAGCGACAAGCAGCGACAAGCAGCGACAAGCAGCGACAAGCAGCAACAAGCAGCGACAAGCAGCGACAAGCAGCGACAAGCAGCGUUGCAGCAGCUAA